AAUUAUAAAAUUUACCACCAAAUGGGGCUAUUCGGAAAGAAAAAAGAUGAGCACUCAGGAUUCAUGGGAGACCUCUCUGAGAAGCAGGAGGAAGCUCUGGAAGAAUUUAGACAGAUUAUUAAGGAAGAGAAUAUCACUGAUGACCCAAGAUAUGACGACUACUACCUCCUCAGGUUCUUAAGAGCAAGAAAAUUCAAUAUUAAGAAAACUUUGGAAAUGUUUGAAAAUUUCUUAGAGUGGAGAGAUGAGAAACAAGCUAAUGACGCAAUGGUUAUUUAUAAAUGUCCUAAUAUUGAUGAGCUUAAAGAGAUUUAUCACCAUGGAUAUCACAAAACUGAUAAGGAAGGACGUCCGUUCUAUAUUGACCAGCCUUGCACCUUUGAUAUUACAGAAGCUCUUUCCAUCGCGGACUCUACUGAGUGUGAACAGUAUUACAUCAGAGAGUAUGAAAAGCUAUUACACUGGAGACUUCCCGCAUGCUCUGAAGCUGCUGGCUAUAAAAUUGAGCAAUCAUUUUCUCUCAUCAAUGUGAAAGGAUUUAGUAUGGGAAAGCUAAAGGCAAAAUCAAGAGAAUUUAUUAAAAUUGCAAUAAAAAUUGGACAGGAUUAUUACCCAGAAAUUAUGGGAAAGAUGUUCAUCAUAAACACUCCAUUUGUAUUCAAAGCUGCUUGGGCAAUUUUCAGUCCUUUCAUUGAUGCUAAAACAAAGAAGAAAAUUACUAUGAUGGGGUCAUCAUAUAAAAAGGAACUUUUCAAACAUGUGGAUCCAGAAAAUGUUCCAGCUGAAAUUGGAGGUGAAUGUGAAUGAACAAGUCAUCCAAAAGGAUGAUUCUUCGCAGAUGAAGGGCCUUGGAAUGAUCAUAAAGGGGAUCAAUUCUAUCAAGAAGCCACAAAUAAGCUUCUUGAAGAAGAAAAGCAAAAGGAGUUUGAGCCUGAUAGCUUGAGUAAUGAAUCUAUGGACCAAGCUGAACAAGAAAGUAAAGAGGUAGAUCAAAACAUGGUUGAUAUUGAACUUGAAGAUUCUAACACAAAUAAUGUGCAAAGCAAGGAAGAAAAUAACUCCAAAAGAAAGAAAAAGGGUGGAUCAAAAGGAGGCUGCUGUCUCUUCCUAUGUUGAGCAAAGAAAUCUUAAACCCUACCUCCUCCAUCUCAGCACUAUACCUAAAUAGGACCUGCACCAAUUUACCUCCAUUUGC